UGAAACAAAAACCCUAGGAAACGAGAAGAAGUGAGAGAGAUGACGCAGAAGGCGACGCAGUUCAAAGGGCAGCAGAAGAGGAAGACAAUUCCUCCGAACCGCCAUGGGAAGAGCGUUCAAACUCGCAAAGGGAAGCGAAACGUCAAGCCCGCUAAGUUCACCAAGGACAUGGACGCCGAUAGGGAGAUAACAAAGUUCAUAAACCAUUGCAAUGAGGUGAAGGCGGCCACUGCUGCAAACAAAGAAGGUGGCCAGCUAAGUAUUGUCAAAUCUGCUCCAGAGUCGGAUAAUGGUGGAAAACAAUAGUAGUUUCCAAGCUUGCAAAGUUGUGGAUGUAGAGAAUAUAGAUUGUCUGCAAAAAAGUCUAAACCUGACAUUGUUGAACAUCUUUUGUGCUGAUGUUGUACUAUUAGAUUUCCUUGUUCAGCUUCAGUGCAUUGAAUACUUUGUAGCUUGUUAACAAUUCAGGCCUAAAGUUUUGGGGUAUGUCAGUUUUUGACUAAGUACCAUUUGAAGA